UUUCACUGACUAGCUAAACAUGCCAGAGUUUAAAUGCUGAACUCUCACAUUUACAGGCUACACCUUCUCUGACAGUCUUUUCUUCACUUUUCCUCCUCGGCUUUUUCUUUUGCUUGUUUUACUUCUACAAAACAGAAAAAAGAGAGACGAGUACUGCAGAGAUGUCGCUGCCUGGGUUGGUGCUGAUCUGUCUGUCAGUUGUUCAGCUGUGUGUGGGGGAUCAGCCGGUGGAGGAAGUCAUCCAAGCCAGGACGGUUCCUCUGCUGGGUGGGUGGCAUGAGCGUAACCCGGAGUCCCCUGAGGUUCAGGAGGCAGCUCAACAUGCAGUGCAGAUGAUCAACACAAACCCCAAGUACAAAAAGUUGUUCAAACUGAUCUCAGUCAGCAGUGCAGAAAGCCAGGUCACCAACAUGAUCCACUUCAAGAUCAACAUGGUCCUGGGUAGAACCAAGUGUCUCAAGUCAGAAAACCAUGAUCUGAAGCACUGCAGUCUGUCUAAAAAGCAACUCCAGUGCAACGUUGAAGUGACAUUUGACCCCCGCAACAGCAGGCACAACCUCCUGGAUGACAAGUGCAUAAAAUUGAUGACAAAGGUCUGAUUUUCUGAGAAAAGAAACAUUUUGUUGUUUUUCAUCUUUGGAUUUUUUUCUUUUAAUGCAGUGUUUUGGUUAUGAACCCACUUUUACAAUACCAAAAUGAAUGUAGAAACGAAACACUUUAAAUGAAAAGGAUAUUAUUUUUUGUGAAUAAAAUUGGGAGAUUAUUCAUUUA